GUGAUAAUUGUAGGUUAUGUAGGAAUCUAUAAGCGCUGUAUACUCUAUCCUCAACUACACUCAAUCAUGUCACUCCGACACGAAUAUUAUGAAAACGAUGAGCGCACAACCAUUUCGAUCUUCGAUCGUGGCGCUGACCCGGAGAAAGUUUCUAUCAAAUUCGAGCCUCGCAAAGUUACAUAUACCCACGGCGAAAAGAGUCUGACUCUAGAACCACUAAAAGGACAAAUUAAUCCGGAUGCUUGCGAUUACACUGUUGGUAAAGUUAAAGUCGAGGUUCGUUUAGCCAAGGUUGCGCAAGGACGGUGGGGAGGUCUUAUUGGCGACAGUCCAGAUCCUCUAGCAAACUCGGCUAGUACAUCCACACCCACUCCGGCUAGGUCUCAGAAGAAGAACUGGGAUGCACUCACCACUGACAUCCUAAGUGCCGAGAAAGAAAAAUCAAUGGAAGAAGAUCCGAAUGUCGGUGGAGACAGUGCAGUCAAUCCGUUCUUCCAGAAACUGUUCGCCGAUGCAGAUGAUGAUACCAAACGUGCGAUGAUGAAAAGUUACUCAGAGAGUGGAGGCACAACAUUGAGCACGAACUGGGAUGAAGUGAGUAAGGGUCACGUUGAUGUGAAGCCUCCAGAGGGUCAAGAGUGGAAAAAGUGGUCAUGAAGUGGGAGAGGCUAGUAUUCAGCCAGGUGAAACGUUGACCUGAGAGAAAUUUCUUUCGUCCAAAGUAAUCCUUCUUUGAAUGAAUUCUUCCAAGACGUCUGAUCAGCCGAUGAAAGUAAAUUGUGGCCGAUUUGAGCGACCCGUAUUGUGACAAUACGUUCGUUAUGUAGCUAUUGAUAGAUCAGCUUUUGAAUAGGAUACAUAAGUACCGUCCAUCCAUCACACUUAAACUCUCUGUCUUGUUAUGGUGUCCGACAGCUGCCAUCCGAACCUUUGCCACGAAGCCAGCCA